UAUAAUAUUACUCAUAAAAAAUCUAUCAGCAACAAGUAUGGCCGGCGUAGGUCAGAACUCUUCAAAAAAAUAUGAGUCUACCAAAAAUAAUUGCUCAAAUAAAGACAAAAAUGUCAGAAAACGGCGUAAUGAAUGCGUUACACAAAAUGAUUCUUCUAAUAGUAGUGCCAAGAGGAUAAGAAGUGAAAAUGAUACAACAAUAAAUCCUAAAGAAGAAAAAGAUGUGUCUUUUGAGGGAGGAAAGGAAGCUUUCGCUUUAUUGGUUGCAAAUAUUCCUUACCAAUGGACAUGUGAACAGAUAACAGAUUAUAUAAAUGAAAAUUGUGUUGAUGUAUACACAUUAGAACAAUUAGAUGGUGGUGAUUUUGAAAGGGGGCAAAAAAUACAACUCACCUUUACUAAUUUUGAGCAAUGUAAUAAAGCAAGAAAACAGCUAAAACUGAAAGCAAUUGAUGGGAAAAAACUUGAUGUGGUUUAUAAAAUACCUGGAGAAUCUGAUAGUGACGAUGACAUGGAUAUGCCUUUAGCCAAUAGAAGAACCACAAGUGGACCUUUACCAGUCACAUCAUGGGAAUCAAUAGAUAUUUGGGCAACGGAACCUACCGGAACUUAUGGUCUAAAACCAUCUUAUUUGAAAUCUUUAGGGAUUAAACUGCCAAUAGAUAAAUGGAUACAUGUUAGUAAUUUUAGAUGUGAUAAAUCUGAAUUGAAAGAAGUGUUGGAACUAGCAGGUCAUGUUGUUAUCUGUCGUGUUGUUUGUGCAUAUAACAGAUAUGCAAAAGUUAUGUACAGUCAUCCGUUAGAAGCUGUACAAGCUGUAGCUAUGUUGAAUGGACAAACAUUUUACGGACAAGCACUUAAAGUAACUAUGUAUACAUGUGAUGAAAAUGAUUUAUUACUACCAAAGGGUCUCGUUAAAAUUGGUCCCGGAUUUGGAAUCGGUGGUAAACCAUUGAGAGAUAUCGUACAACAUUACGAAAGAUAUCUGAAUGGUAAAGUUAAUUGUAUAAAUGAAACAAUAUUUAAUAUAUCAAAUAAUGAUACAGAUUAUAAUGAACAAGAUGAUACAACUGAUGUAAAUAUGAAAGAAGAAAUAGAUAUUAAUGAAAAUAAUGAAAACAUCACAAAUAAUGAUAAUUCAAAUAAUACAAACAAUGAAUUAGGAUCAAAUGAGAAUUUAAUACCCAAGAAAGCAAACAUAUCGAUAACAAUAACACAAAAUCUUGGACCCCAAGAUAAUGUACCUAUGGGUCCUAGUUCUGCACCAGUACAUCCGAAUGGAGUACCAAAUCUCACAAUAACACAAUUCUCACACCAACCUUCGAUAAGUCAAUUGGAGAAUAAAUCAUUUAGACCUGGUUAUAAUAUCCCAGGACCAGUAUAUGUUGGUCCUCAGAAUAUGAUGGCUUCUCCAAAUUUACCUCAGAUUGGACCUAGGGACCCUAGGGUACAGUUUCCUGGGCCAUACCAGGGUCCUAUACCUCAAGGACCUGUACCUACUGGUGCCAAUGGUUGGGGUGGACCUCCAAUGAAUAGACCGCCUGAUAGGAAUGUUUGUUUACCGCAAAAGACAUCUUCAGUGGUGGAAUUAAGUAAUCUUCCCCUGUCGACGACUUUCCCCAUCCUGUCAGAGAAGAUGGCGCGGGUAGGGCAGGUGAUAUCUCUAGAACUGACGCGUGUGGGCUGCGCGCUCGUCCGCUUCGCCACUCCCGCGCACGCAGAGAGAUGUUAUUUGCAUUACAAUAAAUUGUUUGUGAUGGGAAAUACUAUAGAAGUGAAGUUUCUGUAAGACUCAAGCCUGCAAGUGGAUACUUAAUUAGAUCGUAAAAACUAAGUUAGAAAACUUAAUUUAUUAUUUAUUAGAAAUUA